AUGAAUAUCUUUCGAAUGCUAGGCGACUUGUCGCAUUUGGCGUCGAUUUUCAUAUUGCUUGCGAAGAUGAAGUCCUCGAGUUCGGCGUCUGGCAUAUCGUUCAAGAGCCAGUUUCUCUAUCUGGUCGUUUAUGUUACGAGAUACCUUGACCUGCUCUGGACGGACCCAACGAAAUCGCUCUGGAACACCACUUUCAAGAUUGUCUUCAUUGGCGCACAGGUCUACACGGUUUACCUCAUGCUCAACGAUUAUAAACCAACGCACGAUCCGAACCAAGACACAUUCAAGGUGGAAUAUCUUGUAGGAGGAGCUGCAGUUCUGGGGAUAUUAUUUCCCGUGAAAUACACACCAGCAGAGAUGCUCUGGGCAUUCUCCAUCUGGCUAGAAUCGGUUGCGAUCCUCCCACAGCUAUUCAUGCUCCAACGGACAGGCGAGGCAGAGACUAUCACCACGCAUUACCUCUUUGCUCUGGGUGCCUACCGAGCUCUCUACAUUCCCAACUGGAUAUACCGCUUCUUCACCGAGAAUGGCUACUGGGAUCCAAUUCCCGUUCUUGCAGGCAUCGUUCAGACUGUUCUUUACUCCGACUUCUUCUGGAUCUACUACACUAAGGUCCUACAAGGCAAGAAGUUCAACCUCCCAGUGUAG